UCCUGAGGUUGACUACCACUGGAAUACCGAGAACGAAGUGCUGAAUUUACUGAAUCAAUCAUGGUGGUGCUACACGACGAGCCGACACCUGGUAUACCGGAGUUCUUCGCCGGGAGAACGGUGUUCAUCACGGGAGCCACCGGCUUCUUGGGCAAGGUGCUGGUGGAGCGCCUGCUGCGCACGUGCCCGGCGACGGCGCGGCUGCUGCUGCUGCUGCGAGACAAGGCCGGCGUCAAGCCGCAGGAGCGGCUCAUGCAGCUCAAGCGCUCGCAGGUGUUCGACGGCCUUCGUCAAAGCCACCCUGCCCAGCUGGACAAGCUACACGCGGUCGCCGGUGACGUCACGAAGCCCGUUCUGGGUCUCUGUGCGGCUGAUUUGGAGGAGAUGCAAGAGGUGUCGGUGGUGUUCCACUGCGCGGCGACGGUGCGGUUCGACGAGCCGCUGCGACUCGCGGCCGAGCUAAACGUGCUGUCUGUACGCCGCCUGCUGCAGCUGUGCGACACGCUGCCCAAUAUCAAGGCGUUAGUGCACGUGUCGACGGGCUACUGCAACGUGGAGGUGCCGGCGCUGGAGGAGCGCGUGUACCCGCUGCCGGCCGCGCUGGACGAAGAGUUAGAACGCGCGCUCAAAGUGCCCGACCACACCAGCGCGCAGGAUCUCAAGAGGAUAAUCCACCCUAUGCCGAACACCUACACGUUCACCAAAAAGAUGGGCGAGGCGGUGGUGGCCGAGCAUUCGUGCAAAGCGUACCCGAAAGCAAUCUUCCGUCCCACGAUAGUGAUGGCAGCGAUCCGGCACCCUUGCCCGGGGUAUAUCGACAACUACAACGGGCCGAGCAGCGUCAUCGUGGCCGUCGCUAAAGGAUUCACGCACGUCUUCAGCUGCAGCGUCGAUAAGCGAGCCGAUCUGCUGCCCGUGGACAUCGCUAUUGACACGCUCAUCGCCGUCGCCUGGGAGACUGCUAUGGACAACUCGCCCGAUGUCCGCGUGUACAACUGCAGCACGGUAGAGCAGCCGACGAAGUGGGGCGAGAUGUGUGCAGCGCUAGUGGACGGCGCGCGUCGCGAGCCACUGCUCGAAGUCGCGUGGUACCCCUUCUGCAUGUUCACCAGGAACCGGUUCAUUUACGAAAUCGUGAAGUUCUUGGUGCAGACUGUUCCUUUCCAUAUAAUGGAAUACGUGAUGAGGAUCUUCAGCCAUCAAAAAUCCAGGAUCAACCUGAUCAAGUUGGACUCUCGUCUGUCCGGAAUGAACGACAUAUUCGCGUACUUUGCGACGCACGAGUGGUACUUCCAUACUGACAACGUGCGCCGGCUGCGCGCGCGCCUUACCCGCGCUGACGCCGCAACAUUCAACCUUGACCCGAGGACUAUAGACUGGAAGGAAACUUACAGGAACUUCGUGCGAGGCUGCCGCGUCUUCUUGUGUAAGGGCAAGGAUGAGGACCUGCCCGAAGCUAGGAAGCGACUCAACAGAUUGUACCUCAUCCACCGCGCCAUCACAAUCCUGCUCCCAAUCCUGCUGCUAUACCAGCUGCUGAAUCCGAAACUGCUGUACAACGUUGCACAGCAUCUGCUGCAGUUCACUGCGCUGGUAACAGCAGGUCUGGUUAGGGCUUCAGGAGUGGCAGCCGAAGUAUGCGCGUGGCUCCGAGACAGCUCUCAGCUGCCUUUUAGGAUAUUCUAGAAGGUGACUACACUGAACUUCUGACGCCCGUAUUCACAAACAUUACUAUGAGGUCUCACAGUGCGCGGGUCACACACGAACCAAUAACAGGGCUCUAUUUAACGCUGUGUUCGAUUUGCUGCUUCACUUAAGCAAGCAUCGUUUAUGAAUACGGGCGUGAGCUACCUCGCGAGCUAGAUUGUGUGUUUCGAGUAUUGAAUGGCGAUGUACUUAUUUAAAAACUAUUAAUUAUUUUAAAUAAAUAAUUCCUGUUAAUAAUGAAUACACUAGCUAUUUAAGGUGCUAUGUUUCGAGCAAAAUGUAGAUCCAAUGAAUCUGAGGCUUAAGGAUUUUCAGAGAAUUUUUCAUCGUACAGUAAAAUCCUUUAAAUAUUUUUGGUUUUUGUCAAAUUUUGAGAUUAAAUCUCGAAAAUCCACUUGCCUAGAUCACGUCUGGUCUCUCUCAACUCAAAGAUAAAUUGUUAAGAAUGUAACCGAUCGUUAAGCAUAAGUAUGGUUUAAGUGUAUGGUGUUCUUAUACCUAUUUGUUUAUUGUAUAAAUGUCAUCAUCCGCUCUCAUCGUACCAGGCAAAAUGAUCAGUUAAAGGUCUCGUAUCUUAUCUUUUAUUUUAUUAAACUAUAUACACUAACUAGUGUAUAAAUGGGGAACUUAAUGCUAAAAGCAGCCUCUGCCAGUCAAUUGUCAAAACUUUUCUCAGCCAAAUUCGAUCAGGGUUAUCAUUAAGAAUCACAUCCUAAACUCGACUUCUCGGAACUUAUUUUAUGAGUUUAGUU